AUGGCCUCUGCGAGCGUCCACGCCGGCCCGUACCAGAGCAUCCCGGACAGCGCUACCCCAGGCCUGCUCUUCCUCAAGGCCUUCCUUCCCUCGUACGACGCUCUUGGCAAGCCCCCCACGCCCCUGCGUGACUUCUUCUCCAACGAGACCAGGUUCACUACCAACUCCAAGGAUGCGUCCCCAGUUGGCCAGGUCCUGCAGGGUUUCGUCAAGCGGGUGGAAAGGCUCGCCAAGCUAUACCACGAGGUCGCAGUAGCGUACGACAUUGGCAAUGGGGAUGGCAGCCGCACCGUCAUCUUCGAGGGGAUCAACGGCAGAGUGCUGAAGAAUGACCCCGAGCAGAGAGAGACAAGGGUCAAGGAGGUUACCGUUAUUGAGCUGAAGCCGGUCGAUGGCAAGCUUGUCGCUGUAGAUGUUCGCACAACAAUGGAGAACCACUCUCUAACGCAGCUUCAGCGACAGCUUGGCGUGGGUGCAUAA